AAUUCAAGACUAUGCGCGCCAAAGCCUGUCGCGCUUUCCAACACUGUUUUCGACCUAACGCCGCAACGAAUUCGUCAAGUUGCGCUUGGUCGCAUUCCGCUGUUUCGUUGAGUUGCUGCUGUUUCACAUUUCGCCGUUUCAAUGUUGUUGUCGAGCAACACUUGUCGAGAGCGGACGCGUUUUAUUUUGUUGCUGCGCAGAUCUGUCGAACGUCGUCGCAUUGCGGGUGUUUUGCGCCUGUGUUGUUGUUAAAACUAAUUGCAAAUAAAACUACUACUGCAAAAUCGGACAUAGUUCAUUGAAAAAAAAGCCAACGAAACAAAAACAACAAAAUUCAAUAACUACUAAACGCGCGUGCGACGUCGACGUCGAGAAUUUUUAAGUUGCCGCUGUGCGCGUAGCGUCUACAACAACAGCAAUGUGUGCGUGUGUUUGUGUGUGUGUGUAAAUUGUCUGUGCAAAUUUGAAAUGGCUAAGCAAAAAAAAGGCUGCCAACAGAUGUGUUCCUAAUAAAAAAUUAGCAUUAACAGCCCAGUGAACAGUACUUAUAAAACACUUGAAGCGGGACAAGUUUAAGUACAACAACAGCAACAACAUUGCACUUCAAUAAUUGCUGCUCCAAUUGCAAACGAAGAGUAGAAAUGACAACCACAACGCAGACGCAAGAGAUUAAUACGAAUGGCAACGACCAUCAGCAUGUGGCAAAUGCAGUUGCAACUGCAACUGCAACAGCCGUCACAGCAACAAGCACAACGAACUCCAGCACGACGGUCAACGCAAUGCCAAAGAAUGUGGGCGCCAUGGGCGUGGCAGGCACACAACGAGCUGCGGAAGCCGCCGCCAAGCGCAAGAAGCUAAAAUCACGCAGUGCAACAACAGCGACAGCGGCAACAAUUGCUGGAACUAGAGCAGCAACAGCAGCAGCAACCGCAACGUUGCCAUUGAACAAGCAAAAGAGCAGCAGCAGUACAAAUGGAAGCACUCGAGAGCAGUAUUCCAAGGAUCAUUUAGAUGCAUGGCUGGAGAAUUGCCUGAGGGAUGCAACGAAUGCACAGCUCUCGUCAUCAUCAGAGUUUCUCGACUUUAAUCCAACAACGACUGCCAACAAAUCGCUGUUCGUAGCCCAAGCAGCAGCAGUACAGCAGCAACAACAGCAGCAACAACAACAGCAGCAACAACAACAGCAGCAACAACAGCAGCAACAACAGCAAUUUCUCAUGCGUUCGCAAUCGCAGCCGUAUAAUAUGGGCGCGGCACCGCCCUUUAGCCUGGGCAUACAACGCCACACGCAGCCGCCGCUUAGCUAUCGCUACCCGAUGCUGUUUCCGGCCCAAACCAAUGGCUAUGGCAUGAGCUUCGGACUGCCGGCCAUGCAUGCGGAUGGGGGUCAGGAUUUCGCCAGUUUGCCGCCGCUGGUCAACAUGAUGGGAGGCUUUGGCGCUGGCUCCGAGCAAGAUCAAAACUCGACGGAUGUGCUCGAUGGCAGCGGCAGCAAUCCCAACAUUAGUCGAGGCUUUCGGUUUAGUGAUCCCUGUCUGCUGAAUCCCUCGGAUAAUGACUCGAAGCUGAGUGGCCAAAAUACACCAGAAUGUCGCAAUGGCAACGCCUCGGGCAAUGGCACCACAAAUGGCAACGGGGAUCUGGAGCAUCAGAACAAGUUUUUUGCCGCGCUGAUGGAGCAGAUAAACAUAUUGCACGAAACGAAUUCGAAGAUUUGUCGCAAUCUGCACGAGACAAAAGUCGAUAUUGAAGCUUUGAAGCACGCUCCCAGUGGCCAGCUGUGGGCUGGAGGCGGGGGCAUGCGUCACCGUAGAGAUAGCUUGAGCGGAUUAAGCACACAAAGUCAACCCUUGGUAUUUGGCGGCGGCGGAUUCGGUGGCACACACAGUCCAGCGCCCACCUUUCAUUCAGGUGCCUACACGCCCGGCAUGAUGACGGAUGUGGUGCGUGAGGUGAAGGAAGCGGCGCGCGUGCGUGAAGAUGCCAUGCUCAAUCGUGUCAAAUCAAUGGUGGAGGAGCGUCAGUGGUCAAUGAAUGAGGGCAAUGUGCGCACUCUACGUGAUAUCGAUGAGCUGAAGUCACAUGUGAUGCAGCUGCGUCUGGAGCGCAAGGACACGAACAAGCGUCUCAAUCAUCUCGAGGCGGAGAACAAAUAUCUGCGUCAGGCUUUGGCCAGCUUGUACAACCAGCGGCAGUUGUCGCAGCAUGACAUCAUCUACGAGAAUGAUCGCGCACGUAGCGCUCGCAAGGCACCGCUGCCAUUCCCGAAUGGCGCCGCACGACGCUCUCAAUCCUUGAAUCUCCACUAUGGCACUGUGCAUCAGGCACCGGCGCAGGCAACGCAAUCGCUGGACGAGGACGAUGAAGUGGAGCUGGAGGAUGACGAUAACGAGCAGUUGACCGGCACGCUUAAACGCUUGUCCAGCUCCAGCAAUGAAUCCCGCACCAAUGGUACCACAAAACAAAUGCCGCAGCAGCCGCAACAGCAGCUACAAAGCCCGCCCAAGUUUGCGCUAAUCACGGAGCAGCAGCAGGUGGCAAUUGCAGCAGCAACAGCGCAGCCGCCGCCGCUGUUGCCGCGCAAAAAGGAGCAUGCACAACUGAAGCGGGAACUUAGCGAAGCGACCAGCGCACGUAAGGAGGCCAAUCAGCGUAUCAUAGCUCUCGAAAAAUUGGUUAAAGACCUAAGCGCCCAGGUGGCCAGCAGCCAAACAAAUUGGAAUCCAAAUACAACAACCACAACAACUACAACAGCAACAGCGACGAUUAACAAACUCAGCGUCGCCGGCGGACCAAUUACGGACUUAUAGUUCUAGCUAACCGGCGGCAGCGGCACAAGCUGCAAUCCCGUCCCCGUCCCCGUCGUGGCCAAUAACGAUUGUGGCCCAUCGAAGUGUUAUCGCGUUACACAUUUAUAGCAGACAGUGCAUCCUCGGGGCAAACGGCAACAGCGGCGAUUGCACAUAUUUCGCUUCAAAAUUAUUUAUAACUCACUGACGUUUGCAUAGCAGAGGAGAAAAACAUCAGCAGACUAUACAUUUAACAAUUGUUUAAUACAUUUAAUAUAUAUAUAUUGUAUACGCAUAUUAAGCCAAAAGUCAUGUGGUAUUAGGUAUGUUAAGUAUACGACAUGAUGAACCGACGCGACACAACAAACAUAUCCACAUAGCCAAAAGUCCAAACCGAGCCCAGCAUUUCGAUAACUGUGACUCCUUUUACCUUCUAGCCCCCUCCUAAAAAAAGGCCGCACAAAUUUGUUACUAAUAGAAAUUCACA